GUCCGUCGUCAGGCAUCUCUUCAGCCAGUUCUGCAUAGAGAGAUAUGAUAAGCAAACGCCUUCAAUACUAGCGCAUCCCAACGAAUCACAUGAACACUAUAUCAAAUCAUACAAUCCCACAAAAAUACACAACCAGAUGCGACACACAAGGUGCAUAAUCAAUGCACGCAUACCCACGACCACAUCAUCUUCAUCGAUAAAUUGAGAAUUAAAGGGGAGAAGAAGCAGCCCGUGCCCGUCCCUUUAGAUCGUCUUCUCUGCCUCAAGGACCGUAGUAUUUUAAUGAUUCAUGGGGUAACAAAGCGUAAAAGUCUAUUGUGAGCGCAUUCUUCACCUGCGGUCUGGGACGAUUAUGGGCGCUUUGGGUAUAUAUCAAACGUCCUUCGUCCUUCUUCUUUCGUUUUCGGGCUCUCCCCUACCGGCUAAGGAUCCUUUCGUCUCCCAGGGACCUUUUUAUGGCCUUUGACUAUUGAUUGUGUGGAUCGAAUUUGCAGUGAGUGUUGUCCACUGUCCGCUGAUCAUUCGGCAUUCGGUGAUGUCUCAUUCCUCUGAUUAUUGAAUGGUCGUACCUUUCCAUCUUUGGCCUCUCAAGGCAGAGGCCUGACUCUUGGAAUGAUCCUGAUUCACAAGCAUAUAUAUCGAAAAUGAAUCCAAUGACAGACGAGACGUUGAUCUUACAUCUCAAUCACUUCUCAGUUCUCUUAUUUGCACAGAGGUCUGCUAUUGACGCCUCUACCUUACCAUUCAUAGCUCUUUGCUUUCUUCCAAGACGACAUUCUCACCAUGGCGACAACAAACGACACGAGUAUGUCCUUAGUUUCUGUCCUCGGCGCAUCGGCAUUAAUCAUCUCUGUCCACCAUACAUAUAAAUUUGAUAAGUGCAAAUGCCUCCUACCAAAGAAGAAAGAGUGGUUCAGAGUUCUUUUGACCUGGAUGCUAAUGUCAUCCACCUGCUGUCUUUUUACCUGGGGGGCUGGAUGGUGUUACAUAAAAUAUAAACUGGGAUGGAUAUAUACAGAAGAAUAUGGAGCUAUACCGUAUCCGACGGAAAUGUUUAGUCAAAAAUAUGUCAACUUCAGCACUGUCUUCACAAUCAUAUUCAACGUCGCUUUCAGUCUUCAGACUUCGCUGAAUGCUGAGGAAGGCCUUUACUGGUACCACCUCAUGCGAGCUGUGCGACAACCCAGUUCCGCUCGUUCUUGGCUCAAUUCAUCUUUCUUCUACGCCUGGAUCGUGAUCAGUAUCGUUUCAACAGCACUUCAGAGUGGUAUCGCAUGGAUUCAUAGAGGAAAAUUGAACAUGAACCGGCAGAUGGCUACGGUUAUGGCUGUUGAUGGUAUUAUCGAGUUCGCGGUUUUAUGCGCUGCUUCCGUGGUUAUCUGGAAGUUCCCAGAUUUUUUGGAUAACGUCAAAGCUUCAGGUGCCGGACCAGAAGUCAGAUCUCGACUUCACUUUUAUCAUGAGGCGAACAAGAUCCGAACUUUCUUCCGAUUCUUAUAUUCGUCAGGAAUGAUCAUUCUUGGCAUUGACGGGUUGACUGCGAGGCAGUUGAUUGCGAGAAGUCCUCUUGCAAGCGACCUUCUGUCCCAAAUGUUAUUCGGAUCCUUCUUUUUCAUGCUCAUUAUCUCCGUCAUACUCUACCUCCCUCGAAACUGGUCCCCAGAAGGCAGCCAGCGUAACAACAUCAUGGUUGGCGCUCAGCGCAAUGCGAUCAAUAACGAGCACGCUCAGCUCGCAAGUGGGGUAGCUCUCAUGUCUUUACUUCGCGAAGGAGGACAGUGGGAUAAUGAUGAGAUGCCCACCAAGGAUAUGCAGGGUGAACACCCAUACAAUCUUAAUGACCCCAAGAUGUAUAGCUCUGAAGAACCUCUAACUUCGAAGGAAAUGAAUUGGGAGUUGAAGAGAGAUUCGGGCUUGGGUGUUCCCAAUGUAUUGGAGAACUUCACUUCACCUAUUGCUGUCCAAGUCAAAGAGAACAACAUACCAACCGAGAUCCGAAUCCGUGUCGAGCAGGAAGUACACGAAGACCGAGGAGAAAGUUAUGUGUAAUAAUUGGGAAGCGGGUGGCCCUGCUAUAUAACUAUUAAACAUUAUCCGAUUUGUAGCAACUGUAACAUAACUUAAAUGGACCCUUUUUUGCGUGACCUUGUCAGGAUGCAACGUUUCGA